AGAGACCUACCUCUACCUGAUGAGAUAAUGUUUGAAGAUGAGGCAGCAGUAGUUAGAAAGGUAGAAGAACUAUAUUCGAAAAUAAUGCCUACUUUAGAUCCUUUUGUUAUUAAUGAUCGUGUGUUAGUCGCAACUAUUAAGGCUUUGCUUAGCAUGAAUAAUGUGGGUGAAACCCCUCAAGUAAUUGCAGAUCGCAUUGCAAAAUAUAAGUUUGCAAAUAUUGGAGGAAAGACACCCAACAAUACAGUUUCAGGUCGUAUUUCAAUCCAUUUCAAACGUGUGUCAGAAGCAUUGUGUAAGAAAUCGUUCGAAAGAUUGUCAAAUACAACUCCAGGUUAUAUCAGAAAAACUAAAUAUCGUAUUUAUGAUCCCGAUAAUUAUAUUAAAAGAUUAUUAGAUGGAGAAGAGAAUAUUGGGCCUAAUGAUGAAUAUUGGUCUCAGUUUUGGAUACUACCAGAAACUUCUGAAGAUGUCUUUUCUCUUAUUGGAGCACAGGACAUUAGACGCGUUAGAGAUCAUGCAAGAGAAAAUUUGGAAACAUUGAUUUUAAAAACUUUUGAACGAAUUCUUGUAGUUGUGAGAGCACCAGAUUUUCCCUCACCUCAAAACUCUAUACUUCAUCUUUUAAAUUGUAUAAGGAUUCUUACCAGGAUCAUGCCAUUUAUAUUUGAAUCUGAAGAUAUGGAAGAAUGGGAAGAAAAUUUUUUUUGGACUGCUCAAACAAGAAAAUCAAAAAAAAAUCGUAAGCUAGAAGUUGUUGUUGACAAUUCAAUUGAAGAAACAAACAAUUAUGAAAGUCAAAAUAUCAAUAAUACAGAUGAAAAUAAUGAAAAUAUAAAUUAUACCGAAUCUAUAGAAACAAUACCACCUUUGGGCGAACGCCUAUUGUCUGUAGUGAUUGAAUUGUUGUUUUUAGCUGGAUUUACAUUACCUAUCAGCCUUACUACUCAAUAUAGUAGAGUGAUACCUGUUAAUUGGGAGACUGGAGUAGGCUCUACUAUACCAGUUGGCUCUUCAAAAGAAAAUGAUGUCAAUAAGACUGAAACAUUAAGAUUGCUAUUAACUCUUAUUUCAAGAUCGAUGUAUAUGUCAGCAGCAACAUUUAUAUCAAAAGAAAACAAAUGGAUAAAAUAUUUAGUUCUUAAAAGAGAACGCAAAGUAGUUCUAGCAUUACUUUGUAGCAUAUUAAACACGGCAGUAAAGUAUAAUCCUGCUGGUUGGGGCGUUCCAUAUAAUCAUGUUAUGUUUGCUGAUACACGAGAAACACUUGUGGCACUUUGUUUACAGGUUUUAUUAGUCCUACUGGAUUAUCCAAUAUCUACAGAAACUACAAGCAGCGAUAGAGAUUCAAUUCUCUUAAGAAAUUUACCACCUAAUGUUGAUAAUGUAUUUAGACAUUAUACUUCAAAGUUACAUAGAACACAAGAUUUUCAAUUUAUCAUGGAUGGUAUAUACCGUAUUCUCAGUAAUCCGAUGCAGGCAAACAAUACAUAUUUACCUGGUUCAACAAAACAAAUACGAUGUUAUCAAGAAACUUUAAUGCUCUGUUGGAAAUUCCUUGAAAUAAAUAAGAGAUUUCGUAAUUACUUAUUUGAUACUGAUAGAGUAUUGGACAUAUUAAUUGUGUUAAUUUAUUAUGCAUUAGAAAAUAAAAAUGAUACUGCUCAAUUAGGUUUGUUACGUAUGUGUGCGUUUAUUCUUCAAACAUUAUCAUCAGAUCGUGAAUUUGCAAUAAGGUUGAAUAAAGUAUUCGAGGGACAUGGAUCACUUCCUGGAAAUGUUCGUAUACCAGCAUUUUAUGGUACAUAUGCUGAUUAUAUGAUAAUUUCAAUUUAUGCACUUAUAGCUACUACACGUGGCGCUUUACAUUCACUUUAUCCAGCAUUUAUAUUGACCAUUACCAAUGUAUCACCUUAUUUGAAGAACCUAUCUGUUGUAUCAUCUACAAAAUUAGUUCAAUUAUUUUCUUCGUUUACAGCACCAGGAUUUUUAUUAUCUGAAGAAGGAAACCAUCGGUUAGUCGAGUAUAUGUUGGAAGCUUUUAAUAAUAUUAUUCAACAUCAAUAUGCUGAUAACCCUAACCUUGUUUAUGCUAUUGUACGUAAUCCCAAGAAAUUUGAAGAGCUGUCACAAUUUACACUUGCAAGAGGUCUAACGGAAAUUAAAAAGGUUCAACUUGCAAAAGAACAACGUAAAAAGCAAUCAAAAAACAUUCCUAAUACUGGUGAUGUAAAUGAGAAAACAACAAUGUUACGAAUCUCUUCCCAAUUUGAUAAUAAUCAAUCAGAAAUGAUAGAAUAUGAAGAGGGUCCAAUGCCACCACUUUCUGAAAAGGCCCGUGGUAAACUACCAGAAGGUGUCACUGUUCCUCUUAAUUGGGUUUCAUCUUGGCAUUCUAAUCUGCAAAUUGGAACAAUUUUACUUUUAUUAAGCGAGCUGAUACCCAAAGUUCAAUCAAUGUGCAUGACACAAUCAAUCACAACAGAUCAAGAGGUUUUAGAAUAUUUAAACUAG